CGUUAGAGAAUCACCUUCUAUAGUGGAUAAAGCAGCAACUUCAGAUUGCGACUAAUUAUAUUUUUACUCGCAUUUGAACACAAGAAAACUGGAAGAUGAUACGAAAUCUUUARGGAUUUUAUCAAAACGGUUUGCAUAAAAAUUCUCCCAUUAUAAACCUGAACCCACAACAUACUAGACAGGUUGUACUGUCCCCUUCCAAACUCUACCUGUAUGGGUUCAAUCAAAACUGACUCCUAUAGCCAUCUGCAUAAGUACCUACCUGGGCAAACUGGUAUGUGACUCAGCCAGGUAAAUCGUAAUGUGGUUGCGUCGCAAUGACUGAAGAUAUCUACCAAAUUCCGCCACACCUGUUGUAAUGGUUUACAUUAUUCACGGGAAAAUGUGAUACAAAAAAAUCGGGUAAAUAUGGAAAAAUAUGCGCUGGUUUUUGUAUGCAGUGUGAUUGGGUGCGUGAUCAGUGGGGCAGCUCAAGGGGGCAUUACGCUUGCCCUUCCAAAGUGUGGACAAAAAACGUGCAACUAUCACGAAUUCUGUUCGGUUUUCGAUAAUACUUGUCAACUGUGUGCUCAUAUUUGCAAUCAAAGCAGCAACAACUAUGAGGAGGUUGAUUGCGAAAAACAUUGUCAAAAUUAUCUUCAUGACACUAGAUAUGUAAGAACUGGAAGUACUGAUGAUGACUUACGUGGUACCGUUGAAAAACUUUCUAGCAUGGUUACAAUCAAUCUCACUUUGGUAAUCUUUAUGCUUCUGGUGCUGGCUUGUGUAUUUUGCUUCCAACUCUAUCGAUGGAAAGUGAAGAAAAAUAUUACUCUAGCAGUAAUAAAAGGGAAAAUGUUUGGAAAGAAUGAUUCUUCGGCCACUACCAAUUCAACCUCAAAUCAGGAUAAUAAAAAGCGAGAUUUGCGGCUGGAAAUACCUUCUCCUACGGUGAAUUCCGAUCAUAGUCCAGUUACAGUUUCGACGUCCAUUGAUAGAAGACCUGCGGAAGACAGCACAUUGGACUAUGCGUAUGAUAAUCCAGUAAUGGCCAAAUCCAACAACACUUCCUAUUAAUGUUUGCUCAAAGCAAUGUCUCGGAUAUUUUUGAAAGGUUCUUUAAACACCAUUUAAAUGCAGUAUUAAGUUAACUUUUGSGUAUUAAUUACGCYUAAGUAYCUACACUUUCAUGAGCAAUAUAAAUAUUAUCGAAAUUAGAAACUAUAGUUCAARGCACGAUAUUAAGAUGUGAGUUAAAGGAGAUUCUUUCGCUAGUCUAUCUAUGGUUUUUAAAGUYAUAUUAAUGUGAAAUUGCUGAUUUGAGUCCUGGGAGGACAACAAGUAUGUUUUGUUUAGAGAUUAUAGAAGAAUAGGGAAUAGUGCAAUGUAAAACUUGCGACUACAAUACAUCACACAUAUUGUAGAUAAAUAUUUUUAAUUUGUAUAUAAGUUAACAGUUAGCUGCUCUGAUUCUUGAUGAGAAGUUAAAUUAAACAUAUUUAAUCCACAUACUUAAGUGAUUUUCUUAAGUGAUGGUAUUUAAUACCUUAAAAUUUUCAAUAAUUUAAUUUUUUUGCAGAGUUUUUUAAUUUAGAUAAGCUUGUUUGCGUCCUUUGUACAUACGUCCAAACAAUUUCAGGGCAAAUAAUCAAAACUACUUAAUAAUUUUAAGGUAAUUAUCUGCGGCCACGUACUUAAUUGUUUAAAACUUCAAACUUAAAUGAUUUGCGGUCGAWAUUUAUAGAAAUAGUUAGCURUAAUAAGGAGAUWRUAGGUAGUUGUAGUAAGAUAUUCGUCCAUACAAACAUUCCACUAMUUUGUAUUUUUAAUUUUAGAAUCGUUCUUAUUUCGAUAAUAAAGUUAYUAUGUUAUUAA